AUGCAGCAGAAUCUGUAGAAACAGUAUGCAAUAUGGCGUAAGUUGUUACGUUCAUUCAUUUUUUGUGGAAAUCAUUUUAUAUUUUAUUUAAUAGUUAUCAUCGUUCAAAGACUUGUUUUAGUAAAUUUUUAAAUAAUAAUGGACGACUUUAGUUAAGAAUAUUAUUUCAGUAGUAGUUGAACUUAUAAAUAAAUCCCAAAGGUCAACUAAAUACCAUCGUAUUAUUACAUGUUAAAAAAACAAGACAAUAAGAUAUUUUAAUUAUUUUUUUCUAUUCAUUUGAUUCAUUCAAUUUUUUAAACAAGUUUGAGAAUUAGAUGCAUUGUUACUAACUAUAAUUGACGUAAAAUUAUUCAUUUACGCUAAUGGAUAUCGCAAAAGUUAAAAUAAACCAUGAUACGCCAUCUGGUCAAUUAAUUGAUAAAACACUUUUUUACAGAUAGCGCCACGUACUGAGGUGGAAAGCUAGUCGGAAGUGAUUGAAACAUUGCAGAAAGUAUGAUCGAAAGUAAAUGAGUUCGUUUCGUCAAAAAUAAUGACGUUUAGGCGGACUAGACACCUGGCUGUCCCACAUGAAGUUCUUCAGUGUCGUCAGUUCGAUCCGGUCAGUGGGACAUCGAGCAUGAACAAAGAAGGUGGCAGCGAUGGAGUUUAUUCGGUCGACAGUACAACAAACUUGGUUGCUAUCAAAUCCAGAGAAGCUUAUUUUAAAAGAAGACGGAAAAAAUCUGGAAUCAUUUUGCUAGUUCUGUCUAUGAUAGCUACUGGUUUGUUGACCGGUAUUAUUGCUCUUGGAAUUUUAUAUGGUAGACAUGAUUACGGGGUUGCAUUAUGUGACUCUGAAGAUUGCGUUCGGAUAGCAGCAAGUUUGAAAGAAUCUAUGGACAUUUCCGUUGAUCCCUGUGAAGAUUUUUAUCAAUAUACAUGUGGAAGAUGGUCUGAAAAUCAUCCUACACCAGACACCAACACAAUGAACUCUUGGUUCAAUGAAAGAGCUGAAAAAGUCACAUGGAGAAUUAGAGAAUUACUUAGGAAAAACUUGACAGCUGUUCCAUGGGCUGUUGAACAAGCAAAAAUUUUUUAUGAAAGCUGUGUAAAUACUAAGGCAUUAGAUUCUCUUGGUCUUGAACCACUUUUUGAUUUAUUGAGUGAACUAGAUUUACCAACUAUUCCUGCAAUGAUGGGAGAAACAAGUGGAAACUUUGUACAAAAAAUAGCUCGUGUUCGUAAAAUUUUAGGAAAGGACGUAUUUAUUGGCUUUAAUAUAAUUCCUAAUCCUAAAAACCGAAGUAAAAAUGUGAUAAUUCUUGAUACUCCAUCGGUUUUAAGUCCUUUACCAGGUGAUAAAGAAAUAGAGAAAAGAAUGAAAACUCUAAGAAUGGACAUGGCAAAACUUGAUCCAGUAAAUUUAAAUAAAAAUGUAGAUCAAAAUCCAGAAUUAAUCGAAAAAGCCUAUAUAACUGCAGUGAUAAAAGAAAUGAUUAGUAAUGGUACCCUGAAUUCAUGCAAUUCUGCUCAAAAAGUAUCAUCACAACAGGAAAAGACCAUAAAAAAAGUCGUACAACAAAUAUAUGAUAUAACUGGCCUUCUUUUUCAGAUGUCACAUGCAGACAGUAAUAGUACAUUAUCGGACGAAAAUAUCAACGAUGAUGAUUAUAUGCUUGUAGAUGAACUUCAGAAAGUGACUGAUAUGCAUGUGAAGCAAGAAGAUGAUACCUUAGAACCAAAACUCAUAUGGAGACCGUAUAUCGAAGAGAUUUUUAAGGGAAUUAUAGAUUUAGAGUUGAGUGAGAAUGACAAAUUACUUAUUGCAAAUCUUGGAUACCUCAAAGAUUUAGCUGUACUUAUGGCAUCACUUGAAGAAGAUGUAUUAGAGACAAUAUUAUGGUGGUCAGUUGUCGAUGUUGUAGCACCUCAUUCUUCAACUAAUCUCAGGGACACAUGGUCAAACUAUAUUGAUAAUUUAGUCAAUGUUGAAAUUUAUGAUCCAAGGAGUUUGCACUGUGCUGAAGUAGUUAAUUAUAUGAUGGGAAUGGCUGUAUCAUGGCUGUUCGUUGAUCCUGAAUUCCAUGAUGAAACGGGUCCAAAAGUGACAGAAAUGCUCGAGGACAUACGAGCAGCGUUUGCAUAUUUGGUAAUAAGAACAAACUGGAUGGAUCAAAAUACAAAGAUAGCUACUUUAGAAAAAUCAAAGAAAAUGGCUUAUGUAAUUGGGCAUCCAGAAUGGCUUUAUAAUGAAGACAAAUUGAAUGAAUAUUAUGAAGGCAUAGACAUGAAAGAUGAUGAAUACUUGAAGAAUAUGUUAACGAUAAUUCGUCUGUCCAAUGAAGGAGAGAUUCGAUCAACUCAUCGAAUUAAUUACAUGAAUGAAACUUAUUGGGGAGCAGAACCAACAGACGUCAAUGCUGUUUAUACUGUCACAGCAAAUCAUAUAACUGUGCCUGCGGGCAUAUUACAGUUUCCGUUCUACGAAUUAGGCUUAGAGGCUUUAAAUUAUGGAGCCAUUGGAACAGUUUUGGGCCAUGAGCUUACCCAUGGUUUUGAUAAUAGCGGGAGAUUGUAUGAUGGUGAAGGUAACAUCAGACAGUGGUGGAGUAAUGAGACUAUUCAUGAAUAUAAAGAUAAAGUGGAGUGUUUUAUUAACCAUUAUGAGAACUAUUAUGAAGAACAGAUUGAUGCGCACAUCGAUGGAGUGUUAACAUUGGAUGAAAAUAUUGCCGAUAAUGGAGGACUUCGUGAAGCUGUUUAUGCUUAUAAAAGAUGGAAGGAUAAACACGGUCAAGAACCUCGGUUGCCAGGAUUCACCCAUUUGACACACGAACAGCUGUUAUUUUUAAGCUUUGCUCAUUUAUGGUGUGAGGCUUAUACUCCAGAAUCCUUGAAAUGGAUGUUACGAGAUUCACAUUCUCCUGGUCAUGUAAGACUACGAGCAGUAUUAACGAACUCUAAUGAGUUUAGUGACGCGUGGAAAUGUCCUGUUGGAUCACCUAUGAAUCCAAAAAAAAAAUGUCGAAUAUGGUAAUGAUGUAAUUGAUUUUCUACAAAGAACUUUUAAUGCAAUCUUUUACAAUAUAAAUACAUAUUUCUACUAGAAUAACAAUGUUUAUAUUUACUUAAAAUCAUGUGCCUUUAGACAUUUAUGUCGCGGAAUAGGUCAAAUAUUGCAAUCACAAUAAGCUUUGAUAAAUUGAUGAUUUUAGGUAUGAAUUUUAAAUUUCAAUGCCAUUUUUUUCAAUCAAUCGUUAAUUUAUUUACACUCUUCUUCAUUCAUC